GUCAUGUGGCACAUGAUCUAAAACGCGGAAGUGGCCCAUGAUCACUGCACAGUUGAGGAUAAAAGAAGAGAAUAUAAACCAACGAAUAGAGAUCGUUCUAACUCUCCAUGUAAAGUUUGUUUAGGUCAAGGUGAAAAUGGGAUUUAAUGUGAAAGAAGCUUCUCUCCAUUUGGACCACAAACUGCUUAAUCUAAUGGACCAGUUGGAGGAUUUGGAGGAAAAAAGAGAGAAACUAAACUCUCUAAUCGAAGAGGGUUGGUUCUCUCUCUCUAAAGCUCGAUACUCUAUGGGGAACAAACAAGUUUCAACAUUACAGUAUGCCAGCGAGAUGAUUCCUCUUGUUCGUGUUCACACCAAAAUGCUUGACUCCGGAGAAGCCGAGUUUCAGACACAAAGGGAAGAGUUCCAAGUUGGAGGUGGAGAUAGAGCUGGUGUGACCGUGGAAGACAUAGGUCCAGAAGAGGAAGGCACUACGCCCAGAGAUGGACUCAGAAGACGAGGGCACAAGAAGCAAAAUGAGCUUAAGGAAGAAGUGUCCAGUGGACAACUGAAGGAGACAUCACACGAACCCAAAACAGACCACGCUGAACCCCAAGAUCCUGUGAAAUGGUUUGGUAUCCUUGUUCCACAAAACCUAAAGCAAGCACAAUCUUCCUUCAAGCAAGUGAUUGAACUUGCAGCAGAGAUUGCGGCCCUUCAGAGUGCAGUGGUGGCCUCCAGGGUCGAACUUCAGAGACUGGUGAAGGAAAAACAGAAGAGCACUACCACAGGAGAAGCUAAAGAAUGAUGCUCCUAUUAUGGGACUGGUGUAUCAAUGAUGAAUCUCCCAUUUUUAUUGCCCCUAGUGUUCUAAUCAGAAAUUGUUGUUAAAUGUGCUAUUACCUUUGCUGCUACAUUUAUAGGUUUAGUUGUAUAAAAUGUGAUUAUGUUUUUUGUCAGUUGUGUUUUAUUUAUUAUUAUGUCAUUUAAGGUCCUGAUUUCUGUAAUAUGAAGAACAAAAUAAACUAUUUCACAUCCUG